GCUGGCUUACAGCUAAGACCCCGUGUUCGAUAACAUUUGCAGUUUAACAUCGUUUCCUGUCCUCAAUCCUUUAUCUUUUGGCCAUCUAAUUUAUUCAAUCUGAAUCUUCCUCAGGAAGUAGCAGUAAAUGAUUCUCCAUGACUAUUGAUUACUCGAAGUGGGAUAACAUGGACACGGAUUCAGAACCAGAAAUAUCGCCUCCGUCAGUCCCUACGGCCCAUGCCCCCACUCCAGCAGCCUCACAAUCAGGUGCACCAGCUACAGCAGCGCCAGUCACAAGCAGCACACCAGGAUCCAUCCAAGCCGCCAUCGUCCGGUGCGAUGUUGAGAGAAUCAGAUUCGCACCUUGGUCCGUGACAAUGAUCAAGGCAGAUCAUCCCGUCUUCUCCAAUCACGUACCUCCCGUCCCAGGACUCAUCGAGAUCCCGCUGGUCUUGCACCGUAUCGGCACUCAGUCCACAAACCGGGCCGACCUCGACAAUCAGAUUGCUACCUAUCUCAACAUCGAUUCAGAGUCCAGGUUUGCGCCCCCGGUGUGGCAGUCCUACGUCGGCACCGUGCUGGUGGCGCGGAAGGAUGAGAAGCCGUUGCUGCCCCAGCAUCUGGAAGGCGUGUGGAUGUAUUGUGAUUACAUUCUGGAUGUCUUUGGGGAGGGAGAAGGUACGCCGACACAUUUGUAUAAUAGACAAGCAUUCGAAGAGUGGUGGAAAGGCUAUUGUGAAGAACAGAAGGAGCUCCGGCCGGGGACCGGAGGCGAGAAUGAUCCGGAUGAUUGGCGGGCAGUGAGGUCGCCUUAUGAGAUGUAGGGUCUUCGUGAGUUCUGAGUAAGAC